AUGGGAGAAACCUGCUCUAAAUCUCAGUCAAAAAGGCAAAAAAAGCGCCCAGCCUUGCAGCCAAGCUGCCAAGAGCAAGUCACAGCAUCUCUUGACAGAAACAACGAUAUGACAAAAGCUAUUGAAGAAUUCCACACAAGAAACACGAUCCGAUCUAACAACAGAAACAGCACAAAUCGAUCCUCAAUGUCUACUUUUGACUCCUAUGCAAUAAAACAUGUACAAGAAGUCCUUAAUGCAGCUUAUAGAGGCGAAUUAGACGUGGUCAAUGCUCAUAUAGGGCUUGGCUUCCCAGUGGAUUUUCCUUUAAAUCAGUCUGGCUGAACCCUAUCCCAUAUUGCUGCACAAACAGGAAAUGAAAUAAUGCUUGAAUUUUUGAUUAAAUAUGAGCCAGAUUUUGAUGUCCAAGAAAUUGGGGAAGGGUGAACACCAUUGAUGGUUGCUGCUAUUAAUAAUAAAGAAAAAAUUGCAGAAAUUUUGGUGAAGAAUGGAGCUGAUAAGUGGAUAAAAGAUAAUGGCGGAAAGACAGCUGUCGAUUUGGCUGAAAAAUACAGAAGUUCAGGGGUAUGCAAAGUGCUCAAUGGGAGUAAAGUUUAA